AUGGCUUUUGCUCAAUCUUUCUUCAACCAAAGCUCUGUCUUGAGUAUCAAUGUUUUGGUUGUGGACGAUGAUCCUGUUUUCCUUCAGAUCAUGUCACGCAUGCUUGAAAAAUCCAAACACAGAGAUCCAUCUGUUAUGGAGAUCACAGUCAUAGCUGCAAAAGAUCCGAUAGAAGCAUUGUCUACUCUCAAAACCCAACGAAACAACAUCGAUCUCAUAAUCACUGACUAUUACAUGCCUGGCAUGAACGGUCUACAACUCAAAAGCCAAAUCAAUCAAGAAUAUGGCAACUUACCGGUCAUAGUUAUGUCAUCGGACACCAACAAAGAAGAGGAGAGUUUAACUUGUGGAGCGAUUAGUUUCCUCCCAAAACCCAUCAAACCAAUUGACUUACCCAAGAUCUAUCAAUAUGCUUUAACCUACAAGAGGAAUGGUAAGUCCAUAUUAUGGACUGAUCAGCAGAACCACAAGGACACAUAUGUUAGUGUCCCUCAACAGAUCCAGCUGCUUCCUGAACAAACAGAUGUUAGUGUCCCUCAGCAGAACCAGUUGCUUCCUGAACAAGGGAAUGUCGUGAAGACCACAAAGAAGAAGAGAAGCUCAUCUAGAUCGGAUUCAAGAUCCGUGAGCAGUACAAACACAAGUUGUGUUAGUACCGAUGGUUCACGAAAAAAUCGAAAAAGAAAAUCCAGUGAUAGUUCUGGUGAUGAUGUGCCGCAGCCCGCCAAGAAGCGCAAGGUUAAGUGGACGGAAGAACUUCACCACCUUUUCUUACGAGCUAUCCGACAUAUCGGUCUUGAUAAGGCUGUGCCAAAAAAGAUCUUAGAGUUCAUGAACGUCCCAUACUUGACAAGAGAGAAUGUAGCCAGCCAUUUACAGAAAUUUCGGAUAUUCUUGAAGAAAGUCGCAGAACAAGCCUUGAUCACUUCAAGCGUGUUCACCGGUAGAGGAAUAGACUCGAAUUUUUCGUAUGCUCACAUCACGGAGCCAUACUACAACUAUUACACACCUUCUUCUACUUGGUUCGACACAAGUCUUACCAAUAAAUCAUUCUAUUCCAAACCCGGACACGGUCUUGGACAGUCUAGACUCUUGUCCAACACACGUGACUCUGUCCGCUUCAACCAGACGAUCCCAUACAACUACAUGAACCGGUCGUCCAUCUAUGAGCGGAACCGUGUUGGAUCAAACUUGAAUCUCCCCAACAAAAGCAACCUCAACGUCUCAAACCAACCAUCUCAAAAUGAAGGAAGAAGAAGCUUUUUUGAACCACCUGUGAUGGCGAACAAAAUCGGCCAAACAUCUCAAGUUCUUGGGGUUGGACAACAUGAACCGGCUGCAACCAAGGGUACUAGUUUCAACAACAACAUGAUGAGUAGCUAUGAAAACUUAACUCCUAAUCAACCAAGACUAAGCAGCUAUGGUCUUCAUCAACCAGGACACAACAACUAUGCUCCUACUCAACCAGGACCGAGCAGCUAUGCUCCUACUCAACCAGGACCGAGCAGCUAUGGAAGUUCAACUCCUACUCAACCAGGACUCGUGAGCUAUGGAAGUUUAACUCCUAAUCAAUCAGAACCAAACAGCUAUGGAAGUUUAACUCAUAAUCAACCAGGACUCAUGAACAGCUACGGAAGUUUGACUCCUAGUCAAGCAGGACCGAGCAGCUAUGGAAGUUUAACUCCUACCCAACCAGGACUCAUGAAUAGCUAUGGAAGUUUAACUCCUAAUCAAUCAGGACCAAGCAGUUAUGGGAGUUUGACUCCUAAUCAACCAGGACUCAUGAGCAGCUAUGGAAGUUUAAGUCCUAAUCAACCAGGACUGAGCAGCUAUGGAAGUGUAACUCCUAAUCAACCAAGCAGCUAUGGAAGUGUAACUCCUAAUCAGACAGGACCGAACAGCUAUGGAAGGUCAAGUACUAAUCAAUCAGGACCGAGCAGCUAUGGGAGUUUAAGUCCUAAUCAACCAGGACUGAGCAGCUAUGGAAGUAUAAGUCCUAAUCAACCAGGACCUAGCCACUUCUCGUCUGGAAUGCAGUCUUUCGUAAACAAUGAGAACGAGUCAUACAAGCCUCCUCCGCAACAUGCUAAUGCAACUACACAACCAAAUCUUGAAAUCCCUCAACUGGAGAGUCUCAACUUUUAUGAUGAUCUUGGCAAUAUUAGUGAGCUUCCUUGCGAAACAAGUAACUUUCAACUCGAUCACAACCAGCAACGAGGAGAAGCGGCUUCCACCAACUUUGAGCUCCCAACAUUUCCGUCCGAAAUGAAUCAGAUUUUCUCUCUUGAAGACGAUGGUGACUGGACCUUUGUGAACAUAGACCAGGGUCCUUCUAAUGGAGAAACAUCGACCACCUUGGCUGCUCCGGAGACGAAUUCUUCCAUUUUCAACAUGAACCCUAAUCAUAAUCAGGAAGAAGAUGUUCCAGAUUUUAUCGAUUGGUUGAUGGAUUCGCAGGAUUUGGUUGAUGACGACUUCAUGGACUCUGUGUUCAACAAUGACAUGAAUUGA